GUUCCGCUUGGAUCAACAUAUUUUGGCUUGAUACCACAUGCCUCGCACAUAGUAACAUUUUGCCGCACAGUGUCUAGAAUUGUAGCCAUGGUAGGAAAUGACGACCUCAGGAUUGCUCACCAAACAAGAUAACUGGCUGCGCAUAUGGCCCACGUGUAAUGCACACCCUACAUGCGCGUGAAGCAGCGCCACUACGGCGCUGCUUCCAGCACAGACCAUCGCUGCAUCACGGAUCCAGCUUUCCUCGAAGCAUCAACGUGUCGGCAACACAUGGUGCAUGGGAAUAAGAGGAUCGCGCCCCAUACAUAAGUUUCUUCGUAUAGAGACCGGAAAAUUGUAACUUAGUGACGAGUAUGAAGCCUACCACGAACCAAGCGGCGACAGUGCAAUCAGCUCGAAAGUCCCAGAAGGCACCGACGUUCAAUACGGACAACAGUACCCAAACAACACUCCUGACGCAUUACAUGGACCUUGCCCAAUCAUUUCGGGUCAGCUCAAUUGAACCACAGAGUCCCCAUAAACUUGACCGGAUCAAGAAGGGACUCGAGGAGGAUCGUGGAUACCUGUCGGAUAGCGGCAAAGUUAGUACUACCUCUGCACUGCCGCCCCGAACACCACGUGGGUUGCAUUCCCCUCACGCAUCGUCGGUGCAACGUCCAUCGACAUCUCCUCAGUCAUCUCCACUUGCUACCCGACCAACUCCGCCUUCCAGUGCGACACUCUCAAAUGGGAAGCCUAUUCUUUUCUAUCAUGCCCACGACCCAUACUAUGGGUUCACCAAUUUCUCGUCCGACCCUAUUGAGUACAAUGGAAAGAAAUACCCCACGAGUGAACACUUCUUCCAGUCGCUGAAGUUCAUGGAACGCCGCCCCGAUCUCGCAGAGCACAUCAGGACAUGUUCCACGCGUCCGCGUGUGGUAUUUGACGAAGCCCACAGGUUCAGUCCCGAAGUGCGAUCUGACUGGCUGCAAGUGAGGAUUGAGAUGAACAGACAUCUGAAGGAAGAAUUACUCUCUACUGGAAAUGCAGAGCUUGUCGAGGACUCUGAUAAAGACUCAUUUUGGGGGAUUGGAGUAGACCGAAAAGGCCAAAACCAGCUGGGCAAGGCUUUGGUGAGGCUUAGGACCAAGUUGAGGGACGAGCAGAAUAGUAGUGCAGGAAGCAAAGCUUUGACACUUUUGAGGAAGACCAUUGGACAUUGA